AUCAAUUCGAAAAUUGAAUUGGUUUCAAAGUGUGAAUAAGUGUAAAUAUUUGUAUGAUUUGAAGUGAACACGCCGACGAUUUGUUUUUUUCUGUAUCAGUUGUUCAGUUACCAUAUUACCGUAAGCUGAGACGGUUCAAAAUCUAAACGAAUCUGAUUUGAACGCCAAAAAGCAGGUUUUUUGCUGCCUGUAACUUUAAAUAAAUUGGUGCGAUAUCUUGUACUUUCUAGUUUUGAUAUAGUUUUGGACGUAUAUGUUAAACAGCGAGAAACAAACUUGUUUUCUAAUCGUCGAAUAUUUACAGUUUCAUACAUAGAUACAAGCAGACCUAUAAAGAGAUUGAUGACUACUGAUUCAACUGUACAUUUUACAUAGUUUUUUUUUUUUUACAAAAUCCGUGUUUUAAGUUAUAAAUGUGCAAAAUUUUGGUGGAGAAUAGCAACGGUAUUGAUGUUAUUUUAAUGGUGUUUCAUGGAGCAUAGACAUUAUCAUCGAUACAAUCGUAUAAGAAUGAUUGGCGUACAUUUGUUUAUUGUAUUUGUUACGUUUGGUUUUGUGGAAAAUUCUGUUAUACGACAAGAAGGCGAACAAGCACAAAGUUUGUAUGACAGCAAUGAUAAAGUCUUUGUACUGACACAUGAAAAUUUCUAUCAAACCAUUUACGAUCAACCAUAUGCCAGCAAUGUUGAAUUUUACAACUCGUUUUGUGGCUUCUGCCGAAACUUCGCACCGAUUUACAAAGCGUGGGCUGCAGAAGUGCACGCGUGGAAAGAUGUUAUUCGAGUGUCUGCCAUUGAUUGUGCUGAUGAUGCAAACAACGAUAUUUGUCGUGACAUGGAAAUUAUGCGAUAUCCAACAUUGAAAUUCUUUCCACCAUUCUAUCGAAAUGAGACGAACCAUUUGGGAAUUGAAGUGCAACAUGCACCAAUGACAGUGGGUGAACCACAUCUGAUAGCAUUGCUGGCAAAUUCAACAUCAGCACCAAGUUCAUGGCCAAAUUUACAACCAAUUAGCGCAACAUAUGGCGUUUUUGCCGGUGUACCAUCGACGGUUGAGUAUGUAUUUAUGGUGUUGGACUCAAAAAAUGAUUCGAUUAUUGCGCCCAAAGUUGCCUUGGAUCUAAACAGUUUAAAUAGUUAUGCGCAAGUACGUCAACUACACGCAACAGACGCUCAACGGCUUGGUUUAACUAUUCCAUCUGCCGUUUAUGUGGGUGUGAGAAGUUUAAAUCACGUCGAAUUAGUAAAACAAGCGUCAGAACUAAAUCACACUCUCGUUCGAACAGCCAUUGAAGAAUUCUUAAUAUCAAAAGGAGUGAAGAUGAAUCAACUGCAAAACAUAUCGAAAAUUUCACCAAAUUUGAAUACAGCAACGAGCCAAACAAACGAAAGAGAUUUGGCUAUCAUUGAAUAUGUAAAAGGGAAUCCAGGAAUUGUGUUCCAAACAGAUUUGGAGUCAGCCAUACGGUUCGCUGUUUUUCAUGAACUGACAAAAUACAAUAGCAUGAAUGACGAACAAAUUACAGCUCUCAAGCAUUUCUUAUGGGUUCUGCAGAAAUAUUCACCCCUAGGCGACAACGGUCAGAGAUUUUUGUCUGACCUGAAUGUAUACGUAAACAGUGUGACGCAGUUGAAUGGCAAAACGUUGAGCAGCAAAAUGAAAGAACUCGAGAAAAUACAUCAACCAGUAUUUUCGUCAUCAAAAUGGGUUGGUUGUAAACCAUCGGUUGCCGGACGUCGUGGAUUUUCUUGUGGCCUUUGGCAACUAUUCCACUAUUUAACGGUACAAGCCAGCAAUUCAGAUCGAUCUCACGAUGCUCUAGAAGUUUUGCAAGCAAUUCAUGGUUUUGUAAAACACUAUUUCGGUUGUACGCACUGCAGUAAACACUUUCAGGAAAUGUCCGAUCGUAAUGGUAUUUGGCAAGUGGCCACUAAAGAAGAAGCGGUUUUGUGGUUAUGGACAGCACACAAUGAAGUGAAUCAACGAUUAUCGGGUGAUGCAACAGAAGAUCCAGCUUUUCCAAAAAUUCAAUAUCCAUCACAACGAGAAUGUCCACAAUGCUAUCAACAAAUUGUUGCACCCACACCAGCCGGUUUUAUACUUCAUUGGCAUCCAAGUGAAGUGCUUUACUAUUUGCGUCGCGUUUAUUCGCUAUUCAAUUUGAGCCGUUAUGGUGUUGACGAUGAAAGUGUGUUACCGCAAAUGUUAUCCAGUGUGUACACAUCAAAAUUGCAAAAUUCAAAUAACACCGGAUAUACGGGCGCAUUUUCCGAAAUUGAUGUACGUAUGGGCAUUUUAUUAUAUGCAUUCUGCAUGCUCAUCAUUGUUGUAGCAGUAAAAUUGUUCCUACAGCGCGGUUACCGAAAAAAAAUUUAUACCCACGACUUUUUGGGUAAAUUAUGAUUACUGCAACCAAAUACCAAUUCUUUAAAAAAAAAUGUAUCAACAAUUUAACAAAAAUAAGAAAAACAUCAUCAACAACAACACACUAUUACAGUUCACACUGAUUUCAAUUAUUUUAUUGUAAAUUAUAAUCAAGUAAACACUGACCAGCUGUUUACUAUUUGCACAGUGUAGAUAUUUAUGUAUAUUUAGUCAAUCGAGUCAAUGUAGAAAAAUACACAUGGCCUAUAAGGCAAACACUUGCAUUGGUUGUAAAUAUUGAGAGAGAUUCGUGAUAUGCGUACAUUUUUAUGUUCAUUAUUAGGAUGAUAUUUAAUGAUGAAAAUAUGAUCUGUACAAAUUUUAAAUGAAAGAAAUUGUUAAGUAAACUACAAUUGUAACCAUUAGAUAUCGAACAAUAUUGAAUGAUUUAAGCUGUCUGUUUGAGAUCGAUUUUUUUCUGCUUGAGUCGAUUACUCGUUAAAGAUCAACUCUGUUAGAGUUGCAUUUUGUGAAACAUUUGAUAUUAUGUUGCAGUUAAGAACAAUUAAUUAGACUCCGAACAAUUUUUCAAUUUAUAAACAACUAUAAGGCAUGCAAAUAAAUUAAAGGAAAUAUUAAUUAAAUUAAUAUAAAA